AUGGGUUUUGAGAUGAGCGCUGUCCGCUACAUGCUCGACGACGAACAUCCUCAUUUGCCCACCAAGCAAGGCAAUUCAAACCUAUAUAUCCUCGGCGAACUCAGUGGUCACAAUGUCGUGAUCGCCUGGCUUCCAGGUACCCAAGGGAAAGGGGCCGCCGCAAUCGUCGCUAACAAUAUGCAACGUACGUUCGCAUCAAUCAAAUGGCGACUUCUGGUGGGCAUCGGAGGUGGUGUGCCGAGCCGGACACACGACAUCCGCCUCGGUGAUAUUGUUGUGAGUAUGCCCGAGGGUCCAUUUGGUGGAGUAGUUCAAUAUGACCUAGGAAAGGAUGUAGAGGAUGGCUUCACGCUUAAAGGAUUCCUCCUGCCACCCCCUCCCAUCUUGAGGAGUGCAGUGGAGGUGAUGCGAUCUGAUCACCUGACUAAAUCAAACAAAAGAUGUGAAAGCGCUCAAAUUGUUGAUCGACCUGCACGUGGAUCUGAUAAUCCUAAGAUUUAUUAUGGAUUGAUUGCGUCCGGUGACAGAGUAAUAAGGAGCGCUAUGAAGCGGAGCAAGACUGGCCGAGAAAUUGGCGAUAUCCUCUGCUUUGAAAUGGAAGCAGCUGGCAUCAUGACGGAGUUUCCAUGCAUUGCCAUUCACGGCAUCUCUGAUUAUGCAGACUCUCACAAGAGUGAUAUAUGGCAGAACUAUGCAGCAGCGGCGGCAGCAGGGUGCGCGAAGGAGCUCCUCUCAUAUCUCAACCCAGAGGAUCGCCAAGUCCAGCCAAAAUUAACCCUUCAGCAACCGUUGCCUGGCGGAUUCAACCUUAGCCGUGGACUGCCUGGAAGUGCGAACAUAUCUACACCUCGCAAGGGUUCCCCUGCACAACGAAGCACAAUCUUAGGCCAGCAUCUGAGUAGUGGAAUCCCAUCCCUCAGUGAAGAGCAAAAACGAAUGCUUCUAGACUCGUUGAAAUUCGACCAGAUCGAUGCUCGCCAGAUGACCAUCAAAAAAGCACACACAAAGACGUGCAAGUGGCUUCUGUAUAAGCCGGAGUACCUUGAUUGGCUUGAUAACACCAAGCUCAGCGAACAUCAUGGCUUCUUAUGGAUGAAGGGGAAGCCUGGGACUGGCAAGUCAACAAUAAUGAAAUUUGCCCUUAUAAAUGCGCGGAAGACAAUGAAGGACAAGAUAAUUAUUUCUUUCUUCUUCAACGCACGAGGAGGGGGCUUGGAAACGUCUACAGUUGGGAUGUAUCGAGCCUUAUUGUCAGAAAUCCUUGAACGAGUCCCAGAACUCCAGUGCGUCUUCGACACCCUUAAGUUAAGAACAUGCAACAGCAGUGAGCAUCACCAGUGGGGUAUUGAGUUGCUAAAAGAUUUAUUUAAACAAGCAAUACUACGUCUUGAACAUUCUUCUCUAGUGUGUUUCAUUAACGCCUUGGAUGAAUGUGCGGAAAAUCAAGUGCGUGACAUGAUAUCAUUUUUUGAACAUGUCGGCGAACUCACCGUGGGUGCUGGAAUUCACUUCCGAGUCAUAUUUUCCAGCAGACACUACCCAUAUAUCUCUAUAAAGAGAGGACUGGAGUUGGUCCUAGAGGGCCAAGAAGGCCACAUCCAAGACAUUACUAAUUACGUGAAUAGUGAGCUGAAAAUUGGGAACAGCAACCUCGCCAUGCAGAUCAGGGGUGAACUUGAAGAGAAAGCCUCUGGAGUUUUUAUGUGGGUUGUUCUGGUUAUGGGGAUACUCAACAAGGCAUAUGAUGGAGGCCGCGUCCGUGCUCUUCGCCAAUUACUUCGCAGUAUUCCUGGCGACCUGCAUGAGUUGUUUCGCGAUAUUUUAACACGAGACAGUCACAAUAGACACGAGCUACUGUUGUGCAUUCAAUGGCUACUCUUUGCAAAACAGCCUUUGAAAUCAGAGGAAUUGUACUUUGCCAUUCUUUCCGGCAUUGAGCCAGGAGCUUUAACAGAGUGGGACACCGACGUGGACACAAUUAAUGUCAUCAGGAGAUUCAUUCUGAGUUCAUCUAAAGGACUUGCUGAAAUCACACAGUCCAAGGCUCCGGCAGUCCAGUUCAUUCACGAGUCAGUUAGAGACUUUCUUCUCAAGGAGAACGGGCUCUGCAGGAUUUGGCCUGACCUUGGAGGCAACUUGCAAGGACAAAGCCAUGACCAACUUAAGCAGUGCUGCCUUACUUAUAUGAACGUCGAUGUCUCUAAACAUGUUGAUCUCAGUGAGCCACUAGCAAAAGCAUCCUCUACGGAAGCUGCAAACCUCCGCGAGUCCAUUGCUAAAAUGUUUCCAUUCCUGGAGUAUGCUGUACGCAAUGUGCUGUACCACACUAAUGCUGCCGAAGGUAGUGGUAUUGCUCAAGGAGAUUUUAUCCAGGACUUCCAGUUUCCCUAUUGGGUUCAGCUCGACAAUCUAUUCGAAAAGCACGAAGUACGCCGGCAUACACAAAAUGUGAGACUACUUUAUAUUUUAGCAGAGGGCAAUCUGUCGAACCUCAUCAGAGUCCACCCCUCUGUCCUAUCCUGCCUUGAUAUGGAAGGAGAGCGCUACAAGUUUCCAUUUUUCGCGUCCCUUGCUACUGGGAGCGGGAAAGCGGUCCGAACGUUUAUGCAAGCUUAUGCGGCGAACAUGCCCCCGGAAAGUCGACUGCGUGCGUUGUGCGACAAGUAUUGCCAGAACGGAAGCCGGAACCCUAGCCUGAGACGUGAUUUCAGAUUCUCAGACCGGCGGACCAUCCUUUCAUGUAUAGCAGAGCUUGGUGAUGAGGUAAUAUUUGAAUUUCUCCUUGAAACAGGGAAAUUUACGCCGGACUCCAAGGACAAAGAUGGGCGGACACCGCUGUCAUGGGCCGCAGCAAAGGGAAAUGAGACAAUAGUCAAACUUCUACUAGCAACAAACCAGGUUGAUCCAGACUCCAAGGACAAAGAUGGGCGGACACCACUGUCAUGGGCAGCAGGACAGGGAAAUGAGACAAUAGUCAAGCUAUUACUAGCAACAGGCCAAGUUGAUCCAGACUCGAAGGAUAAAGAUGGGUGGACACCGCUGUCAUGGGCAGUAGUGCAUGGAGAUAAGGUGGUAUUUAAGCUAUCACCACCAACCUGCCAUGUUGAUCCAGGGUCUAAGGACAAAGAUGCAGCAAAGAGAAGUGAGGCAAUAAUCAAGCUGCUAAAACCUCCUACGGUUUUAUGA